UUCAUAUCAUCAUUUUCUUGCAGCUGCUGCCUUUUUUCCAGGGACUCAGUCGUCACCGCCACGUCCGUGAUCAAAGCUUUUCCGAGAUAGAUUUAUAGAUAUAGAGUUGGGAGAUAUGGACGUAGAUGAAGGGAGAGUUCAUGAGAAGAUUACAGUCGGAGUCUGCGUCAUGGAAAAGAAGGUGUUUUCGGCCCCUAUGGGGCAGAUUCUGGACCGGCUGAAGGCUUUUGGUGAAUUUGAGAUCAUACAUUUUGGAGACAAAGUCAUUACUGAGGAUCCAGUGGAAAGAUGGCCAAUCUGCGAUUGCUUGAUUGCUUUCUAUUCCUCUGGAUACCCACUUGAAAAAGCUGAAGCGUAUGCUGCUUUACGGAAACCUUACCUUGUGAAUGAAUUGGAGCCGCAACACCUUCUCCAUGAUCGAAGGAAGGUGUAUGAGCGGCUUGAAAAGUAUAGAAUUUCUAUUCCAAGAUAUGCUCUUGUAAAUAGAGAGGUCCCAUAUCAAGAUCUGGAUUAUUUUGUUGAGGAAGAAGAUUAUAUUGAGGUUCAUGGAAAUCGUUUUUGGAAGCCAUUUGUGGAGAAGCCUGUUGAUGGGGAUGAUCAUAGUAUCAUGAUAUAUUACCCUAGCUCAGCAGGCAGUGGCAUGAAGGUGUUGUUUAGGAAGAUUGGAAACCGAUCAAGUGAGUUCCAUCCAGAUGUCAGAAGAGUAAGACGUGAAGGUUCCUAUAUAUAUGAGGAAUUUUUGCCAACUGGAGGAACAGAUGUGAAGGUCUAUACUGUUGGUCCUGAAUAUGCGCAUGCUGAGGCAAGGAAAUCUCCUGUUGUUGAUGGUGUUGUUGUGAGAAAUCCUGAUGGAAAAGAGGUUAGGUAUCCUGUCUUGCUAACACCAAGUGAAAAGCAAAUGGCAAGGGAUGUCUGCAUUGCAUUUAGGCAAGCGGUCUGUGGAUUUGAUCUCUUGCGUUGCGAGGGACGUUCAUACGUUUGUGAUGUGAAUGGAUGGAGUUUUGUGAAAAACUCACACAAAUAUUAUGAUGAUGCUGCUUGCGUUUUGAGGAAGAUGUUCUUAGAUGCAAAAGCUCCUCACCUUUCAUCUGUAAUUCCACCAACUUUACCUUGGAAAGUAAAUGAACCAGUCCAGCAAUCUGAAGGACUCACUCGUCAAGGAAGUGGUAUCAUUGGCACAUUUGGGCAGUCUGAGGAGCUACGUUGUGUGAUUGGUGUAAUUCGUCAUGGUGAUAGAACUCCCAAGCAGAAGGUGAAGUUGAAUGUUACUGAGGAAAGGCUGCUAAACUUAAUGCUAAAGUACAAUGGUGGACGGCCUAGAGCUGAAACAAAACUUAAAAGUGCAGUCCAGUUGCAAGAUCUGUUGGAUGCUACUCGAGCACUUGUACCCCGUACAAGACCAGGUCGUGAAAGCGACAGUGAGGCAGAAGACUUUGAGCAUGCUGAAAAGCUUCGGCAAGUGAAAGCAGUACUUGAAGAGGGUGGACACUUUUCUGGCAUCUAUCGAAAGGUGCAACUAAAGCCUCUAAAAUGGAUUAAAGUUCCAAAAGGUAAUGGUGAGGGUGAAGAAGAACAGCCUGUUGAAGCUCUGAUGGUUCUUAAAUAUGGUGGUGUUCUUACACAUGCAGGGAGAAAGCAGGCAGAAGAACUGGGUAGAUAUUUUCGAAAUAAUAUGUAUCCAGGUGAAGGAACCGGCCUGCUUCGCCUCCAUAGUACAUACCGCCACGAUCUUAAAAUUUACAGUUCUGAUGAGGGCCGUGUGCAGAUGUCUGCUGCUGCUUUUGCCAAAGGCUUGCUUGAUCUUGAAGGGCAGUUAACACCCAUACUGGUUUCCCUUGUUAGCAAGGAUGCUUCUAUGUUGGAUGGACUUGAUGAUGCCAGCACUGAGAUCAAAGAAGCAAAGUUGAGGUUGAAUGAAAUUAUUACUUCUGGUUUUAAUAGAAUAGGCAAAAGAGUAGGCAUGUGACUGCAGUUAGUACAGAUAAUGUAAUCUUACUGGUGCUGCAUAGUGAAUGGUAAGACAAAAUUACUGUAGCAGAUAGAGAAGAAGAAGAAGAAAGAAGAUAGAACAGUUGUAACAACUAACAAGGCAGAACUUUUCCCAAACAACUCAAUGUUCUCAUAGAUACCAACUUCAAUAACUUUAAAGUACAAAG